AUGACUACCACAAGAGAGACGUUGCAGUUUCUGCUUCUCAAUUCUCACCCCUGCGAUGCAAUACCACCUCACGCGAUUCCGCCUACAGCUCACGAUAAUCCUCCACUUCAAUCGCAGUUGACCUCCCUGUCACAGCAUCAACUGAUCAGAUCCGACGAACUCAGCCUCCGAAUCGGCUGCGCUCAGCUGCCUUCAACCUCUUAUUCCACCGUGAGUAGAUCGGCAUCCUUCCAUUCGAACACCGCCACUUUCUUCUCGGAUGGAAAUCCAGGCCGCUGCUCAAAGAACCCCUCUCACGCUCACAUCGCCACAGGACCCACGCCGUCCGGCCUUUCCGGUACUACCACCCUCGAAUAA